AUGGCGAUCCAGAAGAAGCACGGAAAGGGUCGUCUCGACAAAUGGUACAAGCUCGCGAAGGAGAAGGGCUACCGCGCCCGUGCCGCCUUCAAGCUUAUCCAGCUCAACAAGAAGUACAACUUCCUUGAAAAGAGCAAGGUCUUGAUUGAUCUUUGCGCUGCGCCAGGAUCAUGGUGUCAAGUCGCCGCGGAGGUUAUGCCUCCGAACAGUCUCAUCGUCGGUGUCGAUUUAGCCCCAAUCAAGGCCAUCCCGAGGUGUAUCACCUUCCAGAGCGAUAUCACCACCGACAAGUGCCGUGCCACCCUCCGACAACACUUGAAGACAAUGAAGGCCGAUGCUGUGCUUCACGACGGUGCCCCCAACGUCGGUACUGCCUGGGUUCAGGAUGCCUUCUCCCAGGCCGAGUUGACCCUGCAGUCCAUGAAACUCGCAACCGAGUUUCUGCGUGAGGGUGGUACUUUCGUCACCAAGGUCUUCCGCUCCAAGGAUUACAAUUCCCUGCUUUGGGUCUUCAACCAGCUUUUCACCAAGGUCGAAGCCACCAAGCCCCCGUCGUCCCGUAAUGUCUCUGCCGAAAUCUUCGUCGUGUGCAGAGGCUUCAAGGCUCCCAAGCACCUCGACCCCAAAUUCGUCGACCCUCGCCAUGUCUUUGCCGAACUUGCCGCCCCUGCUCCGAACAACGAGGCCAAGGUCUUCAACCCCGAGGUGAAGAAGAGGAAGCGUGAGGGUUACGAGGAUGGCGAUUACACCCAAUUCCACGAAGCCACCGUCAGCGAGUUCGUUCAGACCACCGACCCCAUCGCCAUGCUCGGCUCAAUGAACAAGCUCUCCUUUGAGCAAAAGCCCAACGGCGACAUCGCCCAGGCGACAAUUGAUAAGCUUCCGGAAACUACCGAUGAGAUCCGUGCAUGCUGCGCCGAUCUGAAGGUUUUGGGUCGCUCCGAUUUUAAGCGCCUGCUCAGGUGGCGUUUGAAGCUCCGCGAAAUCUUUGGGUUCAAGCAGAAGGCCGCAAAGCCAGAGGAGAAGGAGGAUGAAGAAGUGGCAGAAGUUGAACCAAUGGAUGAGGAACUCCAGAUCCAGGAGGAUUUGCAGCGAAUGAAGGAGCAAGAGGACACGAGGAAGAAGAGAGAAAGGCGAAAGGACAACGAACGUAAACAGAAGGAAGUCCAGCGCCUGCAGAUGCAUAUGACGACACCCAUGGAUAUUGGUAUGGAACAGCUUGGUCCUAAUGGUGAGGAUGCUAUGUUCCAGCUCAAGGCUGUCGACAAGGCCGGCGGGCUCAGCAGGAUCGCAAAAGGACGGAUGACCACGGUCGUGGACGAGAAGCCGAAAGAGAUCGAGUAUGACGAUGACUCGGACAGCGACCCGGAGGCCGACCGUUUGGAAACAGAGCUCGAUUCUAUGUACGACCAGUAUCAGGAGCGAAAGCUCGCAUCUGACGCAAAGUAUCGUGCGAAGAAGGCCCGGAAGGCCAGGGAGGAUAACGACGAGGAAUUCCAGGGCUUUUCGGACGAGGAUAAGGAUGCGAGUAGCGAAGAUGAGAUCAUGGAGGAGGAGGGCGACUCGUCGUCCGACGAUGAGGAUGAAGAUGGUCCGAAAACCCUGGUGACCGACCUCGUGCGGAAGGAAAAGACUGAAGAUGGUCUCACAAGACGAGCGGCAAUGUUCUUCGACCAGGAUAUCUUCAAGGGCAUAGAUGGUUUGGACGCUGAAGAAGAUGAAGACAGCGGCAUCGAUGUCGAGGAGAAAUCAUCGUCCAUGGAGGUUGACGGAAAGGCAUCAACAAAGAAACAAGUCAAGGUGCAAGAGCCGAAGAUGCAAACAGAGCUUUCUGAGGAGGAGGAAGACGAGGAAGACGAAGAAGACGAGGACGAAUGGUCAUCUGACGACGAAAAAGAGAAGAGUGGCUUCGAGGUUGUAAAACGCGACGAGAGCAAGUGGGAUGAGGAUGACGUGCCUAUGAAGGAUGGCCGCCCUGACAUCGACAUCAUUACCGCCGAGGCUAUGACUCUCGCUCAACAGCUCGCGACUGGCAAGAAGACGAAGCAAGAGCUUCUGGAUGACAACUUCAACCGCUACUCUCUCCGCGAUGUCGACGGCUUGCCCGACUGGUUCCUGGAUGAUGAGAACAGGCACGCCAAGAUCCAACGCCCCAUCACCGCGGCUGCAGCUGCCGCCAUCAAGGAGAAGCAGCGUGCUUUGAACGCCCGUCCUAUCAAGAAGGUUGCGGAAGCCAAGGCGCGCAAGAAGUUCAAGGCGGCUCAGCGUCUCGAGAAGCUGAAGAAGAAGAGCGCGCUGCUUGCUGACGAUGAGGGCAUGACGGAGAAGGAGAAGGCGCAGAGCAUCUCCAAGUUAAUGAGCAAGGCGGCGAAGAAGAAGCCCAGGAAGCAGGUUGCCGUCGUCGUCGCCAGUGGCAGCAACAGGGGUCUCAAGGGCAGACCGAAGGGCACGAAGGGUAAGUACAAGAUGGUGGACGCGAGAUUGAAGAAGGAUGUGAGGGCGCAAAAGAGGCUCGCGAAGAAGAAGAAAUAG